GUCGUCGUUGGUCGUCCGUCCUUCGUGGUUCAGAGGGUUGCCAUCCAUUCCAUCCUUCCUCUCCCGGGAGAUAUCGUAUCGGCGGUGAUACAGCAGCCGGCCUGUCUGCCGCCCGGUCGAGCGACUGAAGACUGAAAACCCCACCCCCGGCGAAUCGUGGGACUUGCCCGAGAGAGAGUCGGUAACGUUAUCGCCGACCGCAGGUGUCUGCGGCUCCGCUCUGCGUGUCCCGCAUUUCGCGGCCUGGCGUCAUAACCCCUCGAUCGCUCGCUUGCAAGCUCCCCCUCGCUCUCCGCUCAUAUCCACUCCAUAAUCACUCGCUCGAACCUCAACCCCUCUCGUUCUGCUCUCGUUUAUCCUUUCAAGCCUUGCAUCAGUCGCUACUGAAAACAACACGAAAAAAAAUGGACCCGCGAUCCACGCCAUCGACCACGCAGACGUCUGCCCUGUCGUCGACGCAGCAGUUGCCGAGCAGCAAGAUCGUGCCUCCGGCGCCGCGACCGAUCAAAGCGCCGUCGACCGAGGGCUUCCUGAAGGAUUUUACGCUGCUCGCCGAGGCAGCAAAACGAGCCGAGAUUGCUGUGCUCAUGCGAGACCUCGAGAGCGUCGGGCUGUCAUGAACGGGCUGUCGAAGUGGGGCGGGGGAGUGCCUGUCUCUGCGCCGAUGCUUAUCUCGCCGGUCCCGCUGCCCCAGCACGUCGAGUCCGCCUCUACACUAGGCUCGGCGGGCGGCUUGAUAGUUAUCGGCGACGACUAUCUCGGCAUUCGGUGCGACGGAACGGCCGAAAGCAGACCUGGCCUCAUCGGCAAAGAAGUUCAGGGGCGACACCGGCGGACGGCAAGUAGGCGCCGCGGCAGCAGCAUGGACUGGGGAUUGGGCUGUCGCAAUCUAAUCAUGCAUCUUUUCAAGGGGCUGCUCCGGGCGGACAGGUUGGGCUGAUGUACGGGGAGGUUGGAUAUUCUCGUUUGUUCAGGGUACGGGCGUACACACGGGGACGGGGAGCCUUCACGGUUAUCUCGGCGUCGCGGCUUUGGCGUCUGAUUCGGGCAUGGUACAUACAUGUGCUGCUGUUGGGCUCAUCUUAUAUACAUAUAGUUUUGUUCUCCUCCGUCAGUACACCGCAAUUGGCAUAGACUGGAAGGAUGAGCUACGAUGCGAAUCGUUCUGAUCCUGCCGUCGAGAGCAACCCACGCAGACCGUCCUAAUUAUAUCCGAGGCAUCACGGG